AUUUAAUUUUAAUUUGAUCCUUCUCACACACAGCUUAGAAACAGAACAUUAUUAACCGUUUUCUCGUUAAACCUCUAAUUUUAAAACUGAAACCAAUUAAAAAGACAACAUACAGAGUGAUGAGAGUUCGAGACAGACAUGAUCUGUGAGAUAGGUGUGGUCCCGAGGCGUUUGGGCCCCACGUUCCUCGAGGCAUGGCCUUUUACUAUAUAAUCGAAUCUUAUAGCUUCUCUUGUUCUUUCACCAAUCGGCAUUUUACUUAUCUUUGUUGAGGAAAAGAGAUUCCCUCACCCAGUCACCGGAGAUUAACAGAAGGAAUGGCGUCCUUGAAGUUUCCGUUGGAGAUUCUUGCCGUCUUCGUCAUCAUCUCGGUGAUUCUCUUGCCGAUUGCUCAUGCGCAAUCAUCUUCCCCAGCUCCCGCACCAACCAGCGACGGAACAUCGAUAGAUCAGGGGAUAGCGUAUGUUCUAAUGAUGCUGGCUUUGGCGUUGACUUAUUUCAUUCACUGAACUUGAUGAAUCCAUCCACAACAAUGGUUUUGUUUCCUAGUGUUUGUGUUCUUUUCUUGUGACGUGAGAUUUUUAGGAAAAUGAAAAAAAGAAGAAGAGAGAAUUAGGUUUUGGACAUCAUGCUUUUGUUCUGUUUUUGUUGGUUGGAUUAUUCGUUGUAAAUUAAUUAGUUAAUGAUGAGUUGAAGUUGAGCAAAAUAAAAUCAUAUUCAUCUUGA